AUGGGCGGCCUCUGCUCCAAGGAGGGCGUCGUGGAGGCGCCACCCGCCGCGCCCCACCCCGUGGUGCAGCUGCAGAAGGCGUCGAGCCAGUCCCUGAAGCAGCUCAUCACGCUCACCGCCAAGGAGGACGCCGCCGCCGUCGUGAACGCCGUCAUCUCCCGGACGGAGUCCAACGCCAAGGCCAACGGCAUCGGCGCGCCCGCGCCGGCGAAAGAGGUCGUGGAGAAGACCGCGCCUCCCGUGGUGGUCAUCACGUCGCUCAGCAAGUCCUACAGCACCGCGGGGGCGCCCACGCACCACCGGUGCGCCACGCUGGACAUCGGUGGGAACAACAACAACAACGCGGCCGCGGACUGCGGCGGCGCGCAGGCGCAGGCGCAGGUGAUCUCCAGCGUGCCGCAGGGAUUCUCCGGCGAGCACGUCAUCGCCGGAUGGCCCUCGUGGCUGACGUCCGUCGCCGGAGAGAUCGUCGAGGGGUGGCUGCCCCGGCGUGCCGACACGUUCGAGCGGCUGGACAAGAUCGGGCAGGGCACGUACAGCAACGUGUACAAGGCGCGGGACCUGCAGAGCGGCAAGAUCGUGGCGCUGAAGCGGGUGCGUUUCGUCAACAUGGACCCGGAGAGCGUGCGGUUCAUGGCGCGGGAGAUCCACAUCCUCCGGCGGCUAGACCACCCCAACGUGAUCAAGCUGGAGGGCAUCGUCACCUCGCGCCUCUCGCACAGCCUCUACCUCGUCUUCGAGUACAUGGAGCACGACCUCGCCGGCCUCGCCGCGCUGUCGGGGCAGCGCUUCACGGAGCCGCAGGUCAAGUGCUUCAUGCACCAGAUCCUCGAGGGCCUGCGCCACUGCCACGCGCGCGGCGUCCUGCACCGGGACAUCAAGGGCUCCAACCUCCUCAUCGGCGACAACGGCGUGCUCCGGAUCGCCGACUUCGGGCUCGCCACCUUCUUCGACCCCGGCAAGACGCAGCCCAUGACCAGCCGCGUCGUCACGCUCUGGUACCGCCCGCCGGAGCUCCUGCUCGGCGCCAACGAGUACGGCGUCGCCGUGGACCUGUGGAGCACCGGCUGCAUCCUCGCCGAGCUGCUGGCCGGCAAGCCCAUCAUGCCCGGCCAGACCGAGAUCGAGCAGCUGCACAAGAUCUUCAAGCUCUGCGGCUCUCCGUCCGAGGACUACUGGGCCAAGGCGAAGCUACCGGACGUGACGCUCUUCAAGCCGCAGCGGCCGUACCGGCGCAAGAUCGCCGAGACGUUCAAGGACUUUCCCCCCACGGCCCUGGCGCUCCUGGACACGCUGCUCGCCAUCGAGCCGUCGGCACGGGGUACGGUGGCCUCUGCUCUGGACAGCGAGUUCUUCAAGACCAAGCCGCUGGCCUGUGAUCCGGCGAGCCUGCCCAAGUACCCGCCCUGCAAGGAGUACGACGCCAAGCUCCGAGGCCAGGAGGCCAGCAGGCAAAACGCAGCGGGCAUCGGAGGCAAGGGCUCUGUAUCCGUCAAACCGGGGAGAGACGAAGCCAAGGGCGCCGCGCCAGCUCAGGACGUCGCCAUUGCCGACUACCAGAGGAGGCAGGCGCGCGCCAACCAGAAGAGCACCAGCCACCACUACAGCUCCCUGGAAGACAGCGUGCCGGGCUUCCGCAUCGAGCCACCGGCCGUGGCCGUGCGCGGGCCGGCGACGCUGCAGACCGGCGGCGGCUUCGGGUCGACGUGGUACAACCGGACCGACCAGCGGGCAGUCUCGCGCGCGUCCAGCUCCGUCAGGGCGUCGGCGUCGCACCUCACCUCGCAGCGGUCCUACGCGCAGUCCCGGGGCACCGACCUGCACCCGAGCUCGUCGGCUGCCACCAACGCCAACUCCAGGUACAACCGGCUGGACGUCGCGGAGCCGGCCAACGCCGUCGGCCGCCCCGGCUCCUCCCACCAGAAGGACCUCGGCAUGCGGGACGCAUCAGUUGGUUUCGGAGGGAGGAACAAGAGGAUCCAUUACUCGGGGCCGCUGAUGCCGCGCGGCGGGAACAUGGAGGACAUGCUCAAGGAGCACGAGAAGCAGAUCCAGCAGGCCGUGCGCAAGGCGCGAGUCGAGAAGGAGAAGACCAACAGGCACUAUUACUGA